UGUUGCAUCAAUUUCAUCUUACGUUUUUUGACAAAUAAUACUUUAAAUUCUGAGUAGGUAAUUUAUUUUAUUGCUCAGAUUAUGAAGUUUGUGAAGUAUGCAUUAUCUUUUAGUAGUGUAACAGUUAGAAAUCAUCAUUCUUCACUAAAGAACAGAAUUGGACCAUCAUUCACUUCCUUUCGAAAAAUGGCUACAAGUCUGUAUUGGUCAAAUCCUCAAGAAGUAAAGAUUCCAACUUCAUAUGGUUUCAUUGCUGCCAAAGCAUGGGGCGAUUCACAGGCUAUGCCAAUUUUAGCUCUUCAUGGCUGGCAAGAUAAUGCUGGCACUUUUGAUCGACUAAUUCCACUUUUAUCAACGAAAGCUUACAUUGUUGCAAUAGAUGCUCCAGGCCAUGGAUUCUCUUCACAUAAACCACAUGGUACAUUUUACCACUAUAUGGAAAUGUUAGUUGAUAUAAAACGAAUAGUUGAUUAUUUGAAAUGGGAUUCAUUUAGCAUUUUAGGACAUAGUUUAGGUGGUACUUUGGCAUUGUUGUAUUGCAGUGUUUUCCCUGAAAAUGUUUCCAAUUUAAUUCUACUUGAUAUUAUUAAACCCGCAUCAAGAACACCAGACAAACUUCCCGAUGUUACUCGAACAGGAAUUGAAAAUCUGUUGCAAAUUGAAAAGAAACUGUCUGCACAGGCUCCUGUUUAUAGCGUGCAAGAAGCAAAGAAACGUUUGAUAUCUGGGAUGUUUAACGAAAUCACCGACGAAUCAGCCGACAUUCUUUUGAAAAGAGGUAGCAAACUGUCGAAUUGUGGCAAAGGAGUGGUGUUUUCUAGAGAUAUUAGAGUCAAAAUGACAGAAGAUUUGCAGAAAUUUAGCCAUGAAGAUUUAAUGGCUUACAUGAAAAGAGUGCAGUGCAACACAUUGAUCAUUAUUGGUAAAAAAUCAAUUAUUUUCAAAUCCAGAACUCCAGAAGUAUUAGACGACUUUAUCAAUUUGUAUAAGCAGAACUGUAAGAGCUUUAAAAUGGUUGAGGUUGAUGGUAAUCACUUUGUACACUUAAAUAAUCCAGAAUUAGUUGCACCUCAUAUUAACGAGUUCCUUGCUACCCAAGUUAAUGUAUCUAAAAUUUAAUUUUUUUAAAAAUUAUUUCCACAAAUUCCCUACAUUAAAACUGGGUAUUCGUAUUACAUAUAUGUUCUGCAAAAGAGUUUGCUGAUAGAAAUGAUUGUUUUGCUAAUAGCUGUUGUAACGCUAAUUACAUAGGAGGUUUAGAGGGCGGAGGACUGAUGGCUUACAAUAAAUACCUACGCUAUUAGUCCUUCUAAUAGUGCUAAGUAAUAGAAUCUUAAGAGCACUAAUUCUGCAUUUGAAAAAAUGUUUUGAUUUAAAUAUACAGAGAAGUGAUGACCAUAAUAAUCCCCAAUGCAGAUCGAAUUUCUGAAAGCUGUUCAUGUGAUAGCAAAAUAUUGAAAUCAGUUUUUUUUUUUUUGUUUCAAGAUAGCUUAAAACAAAAAGCUCUGGUUCUGCUUUCAAAAAUUUAUCUCACUAACAACCCAUUUUGAUAAAUUUUAAGAUGCUUGAAAUUCUUCUCUUUGUUUAAGACUGUAUUAAGUUAUUUUGUAUUAAAUGUGAAAUCAUGUAUAUUUUUGUAAUUUAUAAAUCAUGCAAAACUGAUAGUAUUUUGAACAUUUUCAUUUGUUUUUUGUAAGAAUUACAGUAAUCUCUCAC